AUGGAGGGCAUUCAUCUUAUAAGACAACUAUUGGAGAAUUAUCGAGAUAAGAAGAAGGAUUUACAUAUGGUUUUCAUUGAUUUAGAGAAGGCAUACAUAAAGUAUCGAGGGAAAUUCUUUGAUGAUAUUGUGUUGAUUGAUGCAACCAAAGGAGUGGAAACUAAGUUGGAGUUAUGGAGACAAACUUUGGAAUCUCGUGGUUUCAGGCUGAGUAGAAACAAGACGGAAUAUAUGGAGUGUAAGUUUAGUGGAGCCCAAAAAAGAGAGGUGGGGGUGAUUACCUUAGAUGGGAAAAUUGUUCAAGGUUCUGAGAUGUUCCGCUAUUUAGGAUCUAUUAUCCAAAAGGAUGGGGAACUGGAUGGUGAUGUGGCUCACAGAAUCAAAGCAUGCUGGUUGAAGUGGAAAAGUGUCACGGGUUCCUAUGUGAUCCAGGCAUGCCCCAAAUAUUGA